AUGGGAUCCGCCGAACAAAAACCCCUUAUCGUCAACAAGGCUGCCGAGGGCAUUUCAUACUUCACUCCGGCCCAAAUUCCACCUGCUGGUACCGCUGCGGAGCAUCAAUCCAGCGGCCAGCCCAUUCCCAAACUCUUCCAGCCGCUCACCAUCCGUGGUGUCACCUUUCAGAACCGCAUCUGGCUGUCGCCUCUGUGCCAGUACUCGGCUCAAAAUGGAUACAUGACUGAUUGGCAUCUUGCCCACCUUGGAGGAAUUCUUCAGCGAGGACCUGGACUCACUGUUAUCGAGGCCACUGCAGUCACUCCUGAAGGCCGCAUCACACCAGAGGACGUGGGCUUGUGGGAAGAUGGGCAGAUUGGCCCCAUCAAAAGGGUUGUCGAGUUCGCUCACGGUCAGAACCAAAAGAUCGCCAUCCAGCUAGCGCACGCCGGUCGCAAGGCUUCGACGGUCGCUCCUUGGCUGAGCAUGGGCGAUACCGCUCAGAAGGAGGCUAAUGGCUGGCCUACCGAGACUGUAGCACCCAGUGCAAUUGCCUUUGGGCCCACCUUCCCGCAUCCCAUCGAGCUUACUCUCGAGGGUAUCCAAAGAAUCAAGGACGCCUUCGUCGCCGCAGCCAAGAGAUCUGUGGAGGCCGGCUUUGAUGUCAUUGAGAUCCACAAUGCUCAUGGAUACCUUCUGCACGAAUUUUUGAGCCCCGUCAGCAACAAAAGGACCGACCAGUACGGAGGAUCCUUUGAGAACAGAACCCGGCUCACCCGGGAAAUCGUCGAGGCGGUCAGAGCCGUCAUCCCUAAGGAGAUGCCGCUGUUCGUUCGAAUCAGCGCAGAUGACUGGUUGAAGGGCCAAGAUGAGUUUCCCGAGAGCUGGACAAGCGAGGACACAGUCAAGCUGGCACCUAUCCUGGCCAAACUGGGCGUGGAUGUGCUCGACGUCAGCUCUGGUGGCAUUCACCCCUCUCAGAAGAUCAAGGGCGGCCCGGGCUAUCAAGUUCCAUUUUCCACCGCCGUCAAGCAGGAGGUCGGAGAUUCUCUCGCGGUGACUGCUGUCGGUAGCAUCACCUCGGGGCCUCAGGCCGAAGAGAUCUUGAAGCAAGGCGUGGACGCUGUAUUUGUUGGCCGGUACUUCCAGAAGAACCCUGGCCUAGUCUGGACUUUUGCCGAAGAAAUCGGAACUGAUAUUCACGUUGCACACCAGAUCGAGUGGGGAUUUGGGGGUCGCGCAGGCGGCAAGGGUAAGCAUCAAGAAACCCUUAGCAAAGCGGCUCGGUAA